AUGUUCUCUCGUUCCAUCUUUCCUCUUCUCCCUCCCUACACGCGUGACCCCCACGGUAGUCAAUCUCGCCACCCAGAUGAGUUGACCCCGUAUCUCGGGCUGCGUGCCCGCCUGUCCCAGGUCUGGAUAAACCCGUGGACCAUCCUGCUGCUGCUCGUCCUCGUCCGCGUUCUCAUCGCCGUCACUGGCAUGGAGACCGACAUGGACGGGGCCCACGCCGACGCCCUCCGGGCCUGCACCACCGUCGAGUCAAUGGGCAGCGCCAUGGCCUCGAUGCCACACUACAUGGCCCAGGGCGUCAACGAGGUCACGGCCUCCAGCGUCGAGCACGCCGUCCACGCCCUUCAGUCCGUGCUGAUGCUGUCCCUGACCGCCGUCGAAGAGUUGGUCCUCUUCUUCAUUAAGGUCAUGUACCAGACCUACCUCUGUCUCCUCACCCUCGCCGUCCGAGGCAGCGUCCAGGUCGCCGUCGGGGUCAUCAAGGACGCCACCGACUUCCUCAACUCCACCGUCAAGGAGAUCGGCCACGACAUCAGCAAGACAGUCGACACCUUCGACAACGGCCUCAACAAGUUCCUCAACAGGAUCAACUCCGUCGCCAGCGCCUUUGGCGACGACGUGCCCAAGCUCAACGUCGGCGGCUCGCUCGACAAACUCGACCACCUCUCUCUGCCUUCCAGCAUCGACACCGGCCUCGACAAGCUCAAUGACUCCAUCCCCACCUUUUCCGAGGUCGACGCCUUCGUCUCCAACGUCCUGCGCACCCCCUUCGAGCUCGUCAAAAAGCGCGUCAACGAAUCCCUCACCAACUACACCUUCGACCGCGCCGCCCUCUCCGUCCCCACAAAAGCCCACCUCUCCUUCUGCGCCGACCACAACGGCGGCAUCAACGCCUUCUUCGACGACAUCAGCGACCUCGCCGCCCUCGCCCGCCGCGUCUUCAUCGCCGUGCUCGUCAUUCUAGUCGUCCUCGUCUGUCUCCUGAAGGCCUGGCAGGAAAUCCGCCGCUGGCGCACCAUGAAAGACCGCUCCCACCAUCUCCUCCACAAAGACCCCUCCUCCUCCUCCUCCUCCACCACAGACCCCAUGGACGCAGUCUACAUCAUCUCCCGCCCCGCCACCGCCGCCCUCGGCAUCAAAGCCGCCAGCCGCUGCAGCACCAGCCGGCGCCAGAACCUCACCCGCUGGGCCGUCGCCUACGCGACAACCCCCGCAGCACUCUUCGUGCUGACCCUCGGCCUCGCAGGCCUCCUCGCCUGCCUCGGCCAGUACAUCCUCCUCCACGCCGUCCAGCGCGCGGUGCCCGACCUGGCAACCCAAGUCGGCGCCUUUGCCGACCAAGUCGUCACCCACCUCGACGACACCUCCAAGGCAUGGGCCCACGACGCCAACGCCGCCAUCGCCGACACAGACGCCUCUCUCAACGACGACCUCCUCGACUGGGUCGACCCAGCCACCACCGCCCUAAACGAUACCCUCAACGCCUUCGUCGACAAGACCGAGUCCCUCCUCAACGACACCUUCGGCGAUACCCUCCUCCGCGACCUCCUUGAUGACCUCUUCGACUGUCUAAUAGGUCUCAAAAUCGACGCCGUCCAAAAAGGUCUCACAUGGGUCCACGACAACGCCCACAUCAACCUCCCCGAUCUCCCCUCCGAUAUCUUCACCCGCGGCGCCGCGGACUCCAUCAACGGCGAAGGAGACGAGAGCUUCCUCUCCGACGCAGGCGACCAAACAGCCAACAAGAUCACAGAAGUCGUCGCGCGCGUCGUUGCCAAAAUCGACUCUGCCAUUCGCUUCGAAGCUAUCAUCUUCUCUAUCCUCGUCCUCCUCUGGGCUCUUAACGCGUUGAUCGGCAUCAUCCGCGCACUCUCUCUCUUCUGGACCCGCGACAAAACGCGCGGCGAGGGCGGUCCCGCCCAUGCCUUGCGUGUCCACGUCCCCCCUCCCCCUCAUUCCCACCAUUCUUCUCCUAAUUCCAGUGGUUUCACUGAUGUGCCGUUGACGGCGAUGCCUAAUCCUGCUUCUUACGGGGGCCGACACCACGAUAUGAAUAGUGGUGGCGAUGAUGAUGAUAUCAGCCGGACGCAGCCGGCGCCGCGGUAUGAGGUUGCUACUGCGGGCAAUACCAGAGUCAAUAUGCCGGCUGUGUCGGAGACGCAGUAUCAGGAUGAGAAGUUGGGGUUUGCGGGUCAGAGGCCGUUGAUGGUUGAUGGGGGGCCGGAUUUGAGGGGGAGUAGUUAUGUUGAGUAUGCGGGGGAGAAGCGGUGA